AUGGACAGUUCUCUGGAGUUCAACGCGCUGCUCCUGCGCCUGUCCUCCGCUCUCUCCGCGGAGCAGCUGGAGUCUCUGAAGUUUCUCUGUAAGGACCACGUUGGGAAGAGAGACCUGGAGAAGUGCUCCACGGGAAUAAAGCUCUUCCAGAUUCUCACGGAGAGAGCCAAACUAGGACCCGACAACCGAGAGCUCCUGGGCCGCAUGCUGAGCGAAGUGCGGCCUGACCUGCGGGACCAGCUGCUGGGCUCCUGCCGGACUGAGGAUCCAGGAGAGCAGCGAGACGAGCUGGACGCUGCGACGGAGGUGCUGGCAGAGAACCUGGGGAAUCAGUGGCGUAAACUGGGCCGAAAGCUGGGUCUGAGCGAGGUCAAACUGAGCUCCAUCUCCAGGGCACACCCGGUGGACCUGGAGGAGACCGCCCUGGAGCUGAUCCGCCAGUGGAGGGCGCUCCGCGGGGACCAAGCCACUGUGAGGGCGCUGGUGCAGGCGCUGAGGGACUGUGAGCUGAACCGGACCGCGGACACACUGGAGGACACUCUCUCACCCAACGUUCAGGAUCACCAACUUCAAUCAGGGCUGGACUCAAACUCAAAUCUAUUCGUUUCACACGGCCUCUAA